AUGACAGAAACGAAGAAUCACGAAGAUCAAGAAGUCUUCCAAGGCGAUAUUGUCUCGUUCACCGACGAAAAUGGCAAAAUCGUCCGCGGCGUGGUCGAAGUCUCCGGCCUCGAUUCAGAAAGCGACAUCCUCGAGAGCAUGGAAAACGCCGAGCUUCCGAAAGACAUGGUGAAGAUCUUCACCUACCCUACUCACGAGCUCGUCGACAAAGAGAUGAAAGACGUAAAGCUGCUCGAUCGAUCGCUCAUGGUCGGCGACACUGUCAGACGAGGCAAGAGUGGCGAAAUCGGCACUGUAGUCGCCCUCGAGAUCGAAAGUGACCUCCAUGGCGCCUACUCAAAAAAGGGAGACGAUGCAUUCGCGGUUGUGACCGAUGUAGGCAACGGUGAUGCUGAAGUCAACUGGGUUGCGUAUGGACACAACGAGCAAGCGGAAAUGCCGAAAAACGAGUGGUACUCUUCUGAGCUGUGGCAGUUACAAGCUCCGUGGCUCGAGGAAAAUAUUGCAAACACAGAGGGACAAGGAAUCACGCUCGGGGCCCGUUACAAGAUAAAAUUAACAGACGAAGAAGCGAAGAGUCUCAACUUCUUGAGAAACAACCCAGAAGCUAAAGAAUUCAACGGUUCCAAAGAUGUUCAAGUUUGGCAGUCGCCUGAGCCGCUGCAGACAGAGAAAGAAGUAGAGAUCUCUUUCAAUGAUGUAAUUGAACUGCUGUGGAAGAUUACCGACCAGACAGAAGACGAGACUGCGCCCUGGAUAAAAAUCGACUUCGGCAAAUAUUCGGUGAUCACAUACGAAGGCGAAUCAAUCUGCAAAUAUGACUCAAAGAGGGGAGAACGCGUUGCCGAACACAUCAGCUGCUUGUUUGAACCGAUUAUCUUUGGAAAGGUCGACAAGGAAGGUACGAAGCAGGAAGUGGCGCGGCGGACCGAGCAAGUUUUCGCAGAAGUUGGAAAGAUACUCGGGAAGCAGUUUGAGCCAGACAAGUUGAAGAUACACAUGAGUCAGUUCACGAUGGAGUCAGCGGGCGAAGGAAAGUGGAGAAAGUUCAGAACGAUCAUUAAAGAAGAUCCAAAUCUGAAAGCAGCUCUGCGCGGCCAGGGCCACUCAAAGUACGAGUUCAAAAAAGAAAACUGCAUUUCCGUCGAAGUCACCGACUAUUUCGCCAAGUGCAAAGUUAUGUGGCAAUCUGGCGAGACUGGAGAAUAUCAUUCCACACAACUCUUCCCUGCACUUCAUAUAAAUGAUCACGAUUUCUGUCCAACCGAUUUCGUCGUUCGUGAAAUACGCGAAAAUCUUGAGGAGUGGGGAAACGUCAUUUCUGUCGAUUUCGUCGAGAAACAACUCGUCGUUCAGUGGCAUAUCGACGAUCAAGAGAAAGAACGAGAAACAGUCUCCGUUUUCGAUGUGGUGGACCACCCCGAUUAUAAAUUCCGCCUAGGAGAGCUUGUAGUUGGCACGGGCACUUCUGACAGUAAUCCUGCCGGUGUCGGAAUGGUGCAAAACAUCUUGCCUUCCGGAAAACUUGAGAUCUUGUGGGCGGACAGGACAGAGUCUCUUGUUUUGCCGACGCAUCUGAUCUCAGAAUAUGUACUCUUUGGUGAUGGCUAUGAUCACGAUGAUGACAUUGACCCAGAAGACUAUGCCGAACUAACUGAUGGCGAAGGAGAUGAUUGUGAUAGCUCGGAUGGCAGUUGGGAAUCAGAAGACAGCGAUGUCGCAAUGGACGAGGAGAGAAAACUUGAAUUGGACGAAGAGCUCAAAGGCUUCAUCAACGCCUCGGCAGGUCCAUCUGAAGCGAAAAAAAUCAAGUCAGAGGAGGAUUUGGAAGCUCGCGUACUCGCUUAUGUCUACGCCAACGGAACAGAGGAAAGUUGUCUUGAAAAAAUUGACAAGCUGGAAGACAUAGACGAGGAGCUGAAACGAAUAAAACAAGCAAAGAAGGAAGUCAAAGCUGAAAUGGCGGCUGAAAACCAAAGAUUGGAAGAGAAAGCAAAUGAAAUGAUUGCGGAAAUUACCGAGCCGGCUAGUAACGAUGUGCCUCUUGAUGAGCUUGGGCCGGCUGGAACUCCUUACGAGUACUGUCUCUUCUGUUUCGACAUCUGUCUUCCAGAAGGCUAUCCGCUUACAUCUCCCCCCAAGGUCCACUACAAAUCCGCCAUCAAGCAAAAAAUCAAUCCAAAUCUUUACGAUACUGGAAAUGUUUGUCUAUCACUACUUGGAACAUGGGCGGCGAAAAGAGACUCUGAAGACUGGAAUUAUCAUUCAAAUCUUUUGCAGUUGUUGGUAUCGCUUCAAGGUCUAACACUCAACUCCGAACCUUACUACAACGAAGCUGGCUACGAUCGCCAAAAAGACACUGAAUCUGGCAUGGAGAACGCCAAAAGUUACAACGAGUUUAUCACAGUGAAGCUCUGCGACCACGUGAUCUCAACUAUAAGAAACCCGGGAGAGCCGUUUGAACAGCUCGUGAAAGACUUCUAUUUCGGCUCCGAGCUUAGCGAAAAAGAGGGCAUCUUGGGCAAGUUUAUGGAAAAGGUGGAAAACUUAACAACCGAAAGCCCAGACGAUCUACCUUAUCCGCUGCUUCCUAUCUCAAAAGGCUGUAAAUCCGCACUAUCAGUGAAACUGGAAAAGCUGAAAGAAAUCAAAUCCGAAAACGGAGAAAAGUUCACCUCUCCCCUUGUCUAG